GCAAACAUCCUACGAGCAGAAGCUUGCUGGAGGCCAGGGUGGGAGUGAGCUCUGAGCCGCAGUUUACCCAGUUGCCAGAGACAGACUCCCGGAGCUCUGUGCUUCCUGCCUGAACCUGUAGCAAACAUUAGCAGAGACGGGACCGAGACGCUGACAGACAUCAACAGGUAGUUCUGGUCUUGUCGGGGGGUCCUGUCCGUGCAAGGAGAUGAUCAGACAACGAUGGGGGUGAAGUGGCCCAGAUGUUGGUUCCAAGUACUGAAGGAGAUUUCCAGGUUGGCACCUUUCCUGCUGAGUGUCUUCAUUUACUUUGCAUUGGCGUCACAGUCUUCCUGUCCCGUCUGGCUGAGAGCCUUCCUGAAAUGUUUGCCGAUAUUACUCCUCUGUGCCUAUAUUUUGACCCUUCGGAUAGAUCUGCACACACACUCGAAGGCUUCAAAGCUCCUUGCCGGCCUGCUGUUUUCCGCAGUUGGAGACAUCCUCCGCAGCCUCUCAUCGCAGUUCCAUCUCCUGCACGGUGACUUCAUGUUUGGACUCGCACACAUCUGCUACAUCUGGAUGUUUGGUUUGAAGCCUCUGAACCUGCUGGCAGGCGUUUUCCUGCUGGCUAUAGGCGCCGUCUACUUGCUGUUCCUGAGUAGAUGCCUGUGGGAGCACCAGACAUUGCAGUGGGCAGCCUACAUCUACAUCGGCUUGAUUGGAACCAUGGUGUGGCGUGCCAGUGCUGGGGCACUGUUCAACCACCAGUGGUCUUGGGUCAAACUGUUUGCCACUGUUGGGGGAAUGCUCCUCGCGGUCUCCGAUUUCACCUACACCAUCAGUGCCUUCUGUUUCCCGGUGUACCACUCCGGAAUGAUCGCGGCCACCUAUUAUUUGGCCCAGAUGCUUAUCACCCUCUCGGCUGUUUACAGCGAGAGUGCAGUUGGCAAGAACAGAAAGUAAAGCAAAUCCACCAUUGUCUUCAACAGUGAAGUGUCAUUCUGCAGCCGGUAAGGUACUGAGGUCAUGACAUGCUGGAAACAAAAGCCCGUGAUUAUCAUCACCGAUUCAAAGACACAUGCCUUAUUCUUCCGAAGAUAGACACAAAGUGCUGGAGUAACUCAGCGGGGCAGGCAACAUCUCUGGAGAGAGGUGAAUGGGUGACAUUUCGGGUCGAGACCCUUCUUCAGACCCAAAAUUACUCCAGCAUUUCUUGUCUAUAUGCGGUUGCAACCAGCAUCUGCACUUCCUUCCUACAGCCUUAAUCCUCCUCUCUUGCACAUCGCACAUCAAUUUUGUAAAACAAAUAUUAAUAAAUAUUUUCCUAAAAA